GGGAGAAGUUAACAACCAAGACAGCUGGUGUCUUCAGCUGGCGGAACUUUUGUGCUCUGCCGACCCAGAUGAUGAGAUUUUGGAUGCCUUGACUCAAAUGGGAGAGGACCUUGACUCCAGAGGACUGUGGUAUGCUGCACAGCUGUGCUUCAUCGCUGCAAUGGAGGAGCUGCAGAUUUUACAGAGCCCCAGCUUUGAGCUUAUUGGCUGUAACAGUCUGCCAAUCAGCCAUGAGGGAAGCAAUCCAACGUUCUGAGGUGUAUGAAUAUGUAUGCUCCCUGACCACAGGGCUUCCCCAGCCAAAUUUCCAGAUCUUCAAGUGCUAUCACGCCAGCAAGCUAGCAGAGUUUGGCCUUUUCGACCAAGCCUUGGAGUACUGUGAGACCAUUGCUACAGCAAUUGCUAGAUUUCCACUAUUAAUCACGAAGACCACGAUGGAAAUGACCAUUGCGCUGUCUGAGAAGCUACAGCAAGGAAAGGGAGAAGAACCAGAAUGGCUCCUAAACCUUCGUCAACUGUACGCCGACGAAGAGUUUAAGCUGAGGAACUCCGAAUGUGGCCUUAUGACUAGCGAGAUGUUCACUCUCCAGCGUCCACGUCGGGAAGGCCACAUUACACCAUGGGAGGUGUUUGAGUCCCUGUACACUCCGGGAGAGCUGCUGGGUGAAGGAGGCUUCGGGAGUGUCUGUGCAGGAGUCCGAAAGGCUGAUGGAAAACAGGUUGCCAUUAAAUAUGUGGGAAUGGAGAUGAACGAAGCUUUCAUCACCAUUCCUGGAGAGACACACAGCCUUCCUCUGGAGGUUGCAUUAAUGCAAAUGGUGUCCAAGCCCUGUCACCAUGAGAAUGUCUUACAGCUGAUCGAGUGGUUCGAGAUGUCCGACUGUUACAUCUUGAUCUUGGAGCGACCCAGCCCCUGCACAGACCUCCUAAAAUUCCUGAAAGGUCACAAAGGCCGACUGUCAGAACCACUGGCACAACGCAUCAUGCGUCAGGUGGUUCAGGCCGCUCACCACUGCUCUGACUGUGGUGUCCUGCACCGGGACAUCAAGCCAGAGAAUAUACUCAUCAACACCGACACACUGCAGCUGAAGCUGAUAGACUUUGGCUGUGGUGAUUUGCUGCAGGACAUCCCCUACAGAUAUUAUGCAGGAACUACAGCUUACUCCCCACCUGAGUGGUUAUGUGAGGGCGAGUAUUUAGGUGUUCCUGCUACCGUCUGGAGUCUGGGAGUUCUACUGUUCGAGAUGAUGUGUGGAGACCUGCCCUUCCAGUGCGAAGACGACAUCAUUGCCCGGGACUUGCACUUCGCUCACGACCUGUCUGAAGGUUGCCGUGACCUGAUCCUGUGUUGUCUGGCGCUAUAUCCUCACUCGCGCCCAACGUUCGAGGAAAUCCUCAGCCACAGAUGGUUUGAGGAACCUCAGAAGAAUGUUUAGCCAUUUGGAUGUCCACUGUGGUGUUACGCCUCGUGAAGGAGCAUGUCCAGGAGAUGCUGAAGGCCAUGAAGGGAGUCUGAGCAACACUCUUCUAACACACACACACACACACACACACACACACACACCUCUCUGUCUCAGCCAAGUUAAAGAGUGAUCAGGACAUUUUAGGAAAUCUGUUGUUGGCUAUUCAGUGGUCAUUAGAAUAUAAAACUAAGAUUAAACUCUGCACUUUUGCCCAUUCAUUUGUAGAACUGCUUUUGCUCUCCAUUUUGUUUAAUGAUAGAUUACUUGUAACUAAUUUAUAAGAUUAAGCAACGCCCAAAAUUUGAAUAAAGUAUUUGAAUAAAUGUCCUGGUCAUACUUUAAACACAUCUCUUUUCUAUCCCUUUCUUUCUCUCUCCACUUGCUCAAGAUCUCCACAGGUAAGUAAAUACUUAUUACUGUCUUUUAUUUUCUGCAGAUUUAAACCUGUCUUUUCUUCUCUCCCUGAGCAGCUGUACACAACAUCGCUGGCCUCUAACAUCAACACCUGUUAGUGCUCUCUGACCAACGGACGACAUCAACAUCUGCAGCUCCGCCAUGUUUAGUUUAACUUUUUAUUAUAUAGAUUACUUAAGACAUUUAUCUUUAUUAUAGGUUUAAGAUUUUUCUAUACAAUACUAUUUAUUAGACAUUUAAGUU